AAGCGUUGUCCGUGGCAACAGCACAGGAAGUGGCGCGCAACUGUUGAAAAACCGUCACUCGACAAGCCAAGGAGAUGAUUUGGAGCUAUUCAAAUUCAGUAUCCGUAAAAUUAUAAAGCUGCUGUACUCCUAUAACUAAUCGUGGCCUCGUUACUGAAAACAUGUCGUUUGCUCGAGUGGGGCGUUCACAGCAACAACACACCAAAGGAAAAAGGCCUGUUCGUACCAAGAAGGCAGCAGCUCCUAAGAAAGAGUGGGUGAGCACUGUCAGUGACCUGUCUGUCUACAAGCUGACACCCGCGGAGCUGAGUCAUCGACAUGAGAUUCACAAGUCCCACAACAAGGCUGCGGCUCAGUGGGAGCUGAGAGAGAAAGCCCUGAAGCGCCGUUUGAGACAUGCUGGGAGCCCUGCACCUUUAGACCACGCCAGCCUCAGCAUCAUCAGGGAGGUGUUCUCUGACCAGCUGCUGCUACAGGAUGUGCUAGCACGCUCUGACAGAGCCAUGGCUGUGGUCAAAGACUUGUUUGGAGAUGCGCCACGCAGGCAAACUGGGCACCCCAGUGUGACGAUGGCCCCAAACUGUGACUCUGAGUCAGCGCUGCCUGUGCUCCAGAGACCAGAUCCUCCAACUCAGUUGUCACUGCUCAGCCAGUCUAUGAUGGACCAACAGGCUCUUAAUGAAGUAGAAGCUUCUGCGGAAGACUACGUCGAUGAAGACACAUGUCCUACUGGAAGUUCAGACUAUCAUAUAAUCCAGAGGGGUAAUCUACGAAAAAUGAAGGCACAGUCUCGGGGUGGAUCGAUCCAGCAACAGAAAGUCCAUCUUCUCAACUCUGACCAGGCAGACAGAGAUGAUGUUCCUGUAACCCCCAUCACAUCAGGCAGAGCACCAGACCAAACAGCUCUCAAUGCGACAGUGGCUGUCCAGCGUGUUCGGUCCAGUCAAAGUCAGUCAGAGGAGGGCAAGGAGGAAUCGUCUGUCCUGGUUUCUCAGGUCUUGAACCCCGAGCAGCCACUCCACCACUUGGGUAGCACCAGAAACGGUACCACCAAGACCAGGAAGUGUGUUUCUCGUAGUUUGGAGCUGAAUGGCUCCUCUGUUGCCUCUCUCAGUGGGGACCAGUCCAGCCUAGGCCUGUUGCAGGCCAUGCUGGAUCAGGUGGAGGCAGACUUGGACACGGUGACUCCUGACACUGAAGCAGCUUCAUCACAGAGUCAGAAGCAGCACAGAAAACAAGGCCUCACUGGAUUCUCUGUCGCCUUGGUGUCCACUCUGGGACGUUUAGUGCACCUCCUCAAGCAGAAGGAAGAGGAGGCCCGCAAAGAGGCUCAGGAGAGGAGAAGACUGGAGGAGGAGUUGGGAGAGCAGCGCAGGCUGAUUGAUGCUCUCACUGCUGAGACAAUGACUCUGAGAGAGGAGGCAACCGCCCUGCAAGUCGGGUUGCAGCAGCAGACAGCAGAGUUUGAGCAGAAGUUGGACACAGUGGUGUUGGUGAUGGGUGGACUGGGUCUACUGGAGGCAGACACUGACCCACACCGAGACUCUGAUGUCAAAGCUGCAGUUGGUCCUUCUGCACCAGUUUCUGAGCGAGAUCCUGAACAACUACGAGCUUCUGGUCCUCCUGCUGUGUUGCUCUCGCCCCCUCGACAGAGAGACAACUGGCAGCAAAAUCCUGCCGCUCAUCCUGUGCUACCAGGCCAGGAGCUUCGUCCUCUGGACACCCCACGUUCGUAUGAGGACAUCCAGGCCCACAGCUCGGCCUCCAGCCUCACCAGCCUUCCUCUCACCAGCCAGCCCUCCAUUUCCUCAUUAUCGCUGACCUCUGACCUUCUCAGCCCACAUCUCUCUCCAGAGGCCAUUCUGGCUGAGAUCGCUCAGCUGAGUAGACAGAACGAGCUGAUCAAGGCCCAGCUCAGCCAGGCUAAGGGCCGCGGGUCAGGGAUCAGAGAGUCACCCAACAGCACCAACGGGCAGAGAAGGUCGAGUUCAGGCAGCACAGGAAGAGUCACACCACAGAGUGGUGGAGAGAAGAGGACGUCAGUUCCCAGCAGCACAGGGAGAAGGAGUCUGCAUGUCCAGGCUAAUGAAGAGGAGCAACUGACUGAUCAGGUAACAUCACCCAACACCCUCCCUGUGAGCAGUGUGGAACAGCGCCUCCUGGAGCUAAACAGACAAAGUGCAGCAGCGAGGGGUCGACUGCUGGAGCUCAUCGAUCAACAGAAGCAAAGCCUCUCAGCCAAAGUUUCUCCCUCUGAUUCCCCCAUCCCUCCUUCUGCCUUCAGCCCACAGUCAGCUGGUGGAGGAGGGAGUCCAGAUGUGUGUGUGCUGCGACCUGAACGGGAGCUUCCAUCACACUCUGGUGUUGGUGCUGAAAAACGAUAUGCUGGAUCUGAAGUGUCUUCUCACAGCCUUAGAGAAGAAACAAAGGAUGGCAGAACACAGGUGGAGAAACGGAGAGAGCGAGAGGGGUGGUUCGCCUUGUCCACUCAUGUGAGAUGACAAGAAGAGGAGUCGACAUGAGGACAUCUUAAAACCGAUCGCUUGUUUUGUAUUUUAUCCAUGUAUUUUUAAAUGGCUGAAUUAAAUGUUGAUUUUUUAUAAUGAACUUUCUUUCUCCUCACUGUUUAUGUAAAGGAAUCUGUAGAAAACCUUUUGAAUAUUAUAGAUGCUAAUCAUAUUUAUUCAUUAAAGUUGAUGAAACGUU